GCCGCUCGCAGUCACUCCUCCGCCUCCCGUUUUCAUUAUUCGUUACUCUUGCGAGGCAUUCGUGUUUCUCCGAUUCGUCUUCUCAAGAGGAAGCAGGUUUUCUUUCCCUCGCGUUUCCACAGUCAUGUUGUUGCUUCGUCGGAUCAUUAGAGUCAGGCAGCAAUCCUCAGUCUUUGCUCAAGGAUUUUCUGAAAGUCCGUUGAAAUCUCUCAGAUACUCAUCGACUUCUUCUGAGAUCGCAUCAUCUCCAAAAUCUGCAUCGCCGGAUUCUAAUUCUGUCGAGCCAGAGAACGAUGAGAAGCCUGUAAUCGUGCUCUUUGAGAAUCAUGGAUUCUCAAAAACACAGAUCUCUGAGAUUGUCAAGAAAUUCCCUCAAGUUCUUUCAGCGAACCCCGAAAAGACGCUAUUGCCAAAAUUGUUGUUCUUUCAAUCGAAAGGCCUUUCUUCCCCCGAGAUUGCCAAAUUAGUGUGUAGUUUUCCUUCGAUUUUAGCGCGAAGUUUAGACAGAAAAAUCAUUCCAGCUUUUGAUUACAUUCAAGAGCUACUUCAAACUGAGAAGAAGACUAUUGCAUCCAUAAAACGGUGUUUUUGUCUUCUCACUUGGGAUCUCCAAAUUUAUGCUCGUCCCAAUGUUGAAACUCUAAUACAAAUUGGAGUACCUGAUUCCAACAUUGCAACCAUUCUUCACUACCAACCACGAGUGUUCUUGAUAAACGCCGUCCGAUUCAAGGAGAUUGUGGAGGAAGUUAAGGAAAUGGGAUUCAAUCCUCUGCGACUGAAUUUUGUUAUCGCUGUUUUAGCCAUGCGAGCAAUGAGCAAAUCUACAUGGAGAAAAAAAGUUGAAAUUUACAAGAAAUGGGGAUGGUCUGAAGAAGAGAUUCUCUUCGCUUUUCGAAGGCAUCCAUGGUGUAUGAUGGCUUCCGAGGACAAGAUCAAUGGUGUAAUGGAUUUCUUUGUGAACAAGAUUGGAUAUGAAAUUUCAUACAUUGCAAAGCGACCUGCUCUGAUUUCACAUAGUUUAAAGAAGAGGAUUGUGCCAAGAGGCUCUGUUUAUCAAGUUUUGCUGUCAAAGGGUUUGAUUAAGAAAGAUGUGAAUCUUCCUUUCCUGUUUGAGGCUACUGAAACCCAAUUCUUAGACAAAUUCAUCGACCCUCAUAAGAAGCUGAUUCCUGGAUUGUUGAACUUGUAUAAAGAGAAAUUGGAGGAUGCUAAGAGAUAGCAGCAGCCAUUCUCUCAUAAAUCCCCUUCCCGCCGCUCGCUGUCACUCCUCCGCCUCCCAUUUUCCCCCUACCCCGCCGCUCGCUGUCGCUCCUCCGCCUCCCAUUUUCAUUAUUCGAUACUCUUGCGAGGCAUUCGCCCUUUCCCGCCGCUCGCUGUCACUCCUCCUCCUCCCGUUUUCAUUAUUCGUUACUCUUGCGAGGCAUUCGUGUUUCUCCGAUUCGUCUUCUCAAGAGGAAGCAGGUUUUCUUUCCCCUCGCGUUUUCACAGUCAUGUUGUUGCUUCGUCGGAUCAAUGUAGUCAGGCAGCCAUCAUCAGUCUUUGCUCACGGAUUUUCUGAAAGUCCGUUGAAAUCUCUCAGAUACUUAUCGACUUCUUCUGAGAUCGCAUCAUCUCCAAAAUCUGCAUCGCCGGAUUCUAAUAAAGUCAAGCCAGAGAACGAUGAGAAGCCUGUAAUCGUGUUCUUUGAGAAUCAUGGAUUCUCAAAAACACAGAUCUCUGAGCUUGUCAAGAAAUUCCCUCAAGUUCUUUCAGCGAACCCCGAAAAGACGCUAUUGCCCAAAUUGUUGUUCUUUCAAUCGAAAGGCCUUUCUUCCCCCGAGAUUGCCAAAUUAGUGUGUGGUUUUCCUUCGAUUUUAAUGCGAAGUUUAGACAGAAAAAUCAUUCCAGCUUUUGAUUACAUUCAAGAGCUACUUCAAACUGAGGAGAAGACUAUCGCAUCCAUAAAACGGUUUUUAGGUAUUCUCACUUGGGAUCUCCAAAUUUAUGCUCGUCCAAAUGUUGAAACUCUGAUACAAAUUGGAGUCCCUGAUUCCAAAAUUGCAACCAUUCUUGAGUACCAACCACGAGUGUUCUUGGUAAACACCGUCCGAUUCAAGGAGAUUGUGGAGGAAGUUAAGGAAAUGGGAUUCAAUCCUCUGCGACUGAAUUUUGUUCUCGCUGUUUUUGCCAUGCGAGCAAUGAGCAAAUCUACCUGGAGAAAAAAAGUUGAAGUUUACAAGAAAUGGGGAUGGCCUGAAGAAGAGAUUCUCUCCGCUUUUCGAAGGCAUCCAUGGUGUAUGAUGGCUUCCGAGGAUAAGAUCAAUGGCGUAAUGGAUUUCUUUGUGAACAAGAUUGGAUGUGAACCUUCAUACAUUGCAAAGCGACCUGCUCUGAUUUCACUUAGUUUAAAGAAGAGGAUUGUGCCAAGAGGCUCUGUUUAUCAAGUUUUGCUGUCAAAGGGUUUGAUUAAGAAAGAUGUGAAUCUUCCUUUUUUGUUUGAGUCUGCUGAAAACCGAUUCUUAGACAAAUUCAUCGACCCUCAUAAGGAGCUGAUUCCUGGAUUGUUGAAGUUGUAUAAAGAGAAAUUGGAGGAUUCUAAGAGAUAGCAGGUUCAAUCUCCUUCUCUAAAUGUUAAUAUUUACCUGUUUUGCUUGUUCAUAUGUCUAUUGAUAUCUAAAAUUGAUGUAUGUUCAAGAUCUUGUGCUGAAUUGGCUGCUAUUUAGAUUGUUAACUAAAUGAUGGGUUGAGCUGAA